UAGAGUGUGGUGAGUGGAGGCUGUUCAAGCUCAAACAAAGUAUCAGUUGGGAUCUUUACAGCAUGUUGAUCUUCACAAGGGUUUAAAAUAGUUUGUUUCGGUUGCAGUGAGCUGCUACGGUAGCUUUUUAUGACUGGUUUAAAGUGUUGGACGGACGGGAGGUGAAAAUAUGUCGGCCAAUGAAGAUCAGGAGAUGGAGUUGGAGGCUCUGCGGUCUAUCUAUGAAGGAGAUGACUGCUUUAAGGAGCUCAGCCCAGUGUCCUUUCAGUUCAGGAUAGGAGAACUUCAUGAUUCUAAAUCAUUCCUGCUAGAAGUGUCAUGGCCAGAGACCUAUCCCGAAUCUGCUCCGCAAAUAUCAUUAGAUGCCUUUUUCAACAAAAACAUAUCAGUGGACACAAAGCGGUACAUUCUCUUGAAAAUGGGCGAACAGGUAGAUGCCAACCUUGGCACGGCCAUGAUGUACACACUCUUUGAGUGGGCCAAAGAGAACCAGGAAACACUCAUGGAAAACCACCAACCUGUGACAUCUGCUGUGACCCUGGUAUCCAACAGUGAUAUCAUGAAUAAUUCCACCUCUGUCAGUAAGAAGAAAGAGAAGAAAGAACAACUCACCAAAGCACAGAAGCGGAAACUAAUUGGAAGAACAGAUAAUAAGGGAGAACUACCAAGAGGAUGGAACUGGGUAGAUGUUAUUAAGUUGAGCAAGACGGGAGGAAAAGAGGAAGAUUAG